AUGUUUCCUGCAGACUGCCGGGAGAUCCUGCUUCCUCUGAUGACAGAACAGCUGAAGUUUCAUCUAGAGAACCAGGAGGAACUGGAGGCCUGCUGUCAGCUGCUGAGUAACAUACUAGAGGUCCUCUACAGGAAGGAUGUGCUGAAGCGCCUAAGAGAGGCAGAGAGCCAGUUUAUGCCCCUGCUGGAUAAGAACAAGAGGCUGAGCAGGAAGAAUGAGGAGCUGGCCCACGCAUUCAGACGCAUGGAGAACAAACUACGCUUCAUUACAGAGGAGAACAUGGAAAUGAGAGAGAAGGUAGCCACCAAAAGACGUCCCAGCUCUCUAAACGACCUUGAUCAGAGUCAGGAGGAGAGAGAGAUCGAGUUCCUCAGACUGCAGGUUCUGGAACAGCACAAUAUUAUUGACGACCUGUCAAAGGCUCUGGAGACAGCUGGAUACGUGAAGAGUGUGAUUGGUAUGAUCAGGGAGGAGACAGAGAUGAGGUUUCAUCAGUUGACCAUGGAGUACCAGGCUCUUCAGAGAGCCUAUGCACUUCUACAGGAGCAGGUGGGGGGCACGUUUGAUGCAGAGAAGGAAGUCAAGACAAGAGAACAGUUGCAAGCAGAGCUUAUUCUCUACCAAACCAGAAUACAGGACCUGGAGUGUGUUCUGUCCCAGCAAGGACAGGAUAUGAAGUGGAUCGAGGAGAAACAAGCCCUAUAUCAAAGAAAUCAAGAACUUAUAGAGAAGAUCAAGCACAUGGAAACAGAGGAGUCACGUUUAAAAAACGAAUUUCAGGACGCCAGAGACCAAAAUGAACUCCUGGAGUUCCGGAUCCUUGAACUUGAAGAGAGGGAGAGGAGAUCUCCAGGAAUCAACUUCCACAACAUCCACUUCUGUGAAGGCAUCAGUCCACUGCAGGUGUACUGUGAGGCCGAGGGAGUCACAGACAUUAUCAUCACAGAGCUAAUGAAAAAGCUAGAUAUACUGGGGGAUAAUGCCAACCUAUCCAACGAGGAGCAGGUGGUGGCCAUUCACGCCAGGACCGUCUUAACGCUAGCAGAGAGGUGGCUUGAGAAUAUAGAGGUCACCAAAACAGCUUUAGCACAGAAAAGGAUGGACAUUGAAAGUGAGAAGCAUGUGUUCAGUAAACAGAAAGGCUAUCUGGAUGAGGAGUUGGACUACAGGAAACAGUCCAUGGCUCAGGCUCACAAGAGGAUCUUGGAGCUAGAGGCAAUGCUGUUUGAUGCCCUGCAACAGGAUGCGGGGGCCAAGAUGUCAGAGAUGCUGUCGGACGACGAGAGGGAGACACUGCGUCGGGCGGUGGAGCAGUGGAAGAGAGGAGUCAUGAUGGAGCUCAGAGAGAGGGACUCACAGAUCCUCAGGGAGAGAAUGGACAUGCUACAGCACUCACAGCAGAGAAUCAAAGAACUGGAGGAAUGGAUAGCAGCUCAGAAAAGACAGAUAAAGGAACUAGAAGAAAAGCCUUCAUUCUUUGGUCAUAGUUCUCCAGGGAAGCCAGAGCAAUUCACAGGUUUCCAGAUUGUCUUGUACAUUGUGUUCAAGAGGACAGGAUUUGGAAUCCAAGAUGGCUCCCAGAAGACUUCUUCACACGAGAAACCAGUCAACUAUGCUGCAACACUGACUUUAGAUAGAAUUCUAUCACCAUGUUUUUUUCACGUUUUUUUUAAAAGGACAAAAAAAAACGUGGUGCUCUGGUCGCUUCCCUUUGGAAGCAUGAAGAAGAAGAGGAAGAGUUUGAUUGAUUGA